GCGGAAACGAAUGUUGUUUGCUGGUUUCUAUAGAUACGAUUACCGAUGUAACGUUAUGUACGGAAUGCUUCGGUAGAGUUCGUUAAAACAAUGAAAUUACGCAUUUCCGUACCACGUGAUAUUACGUCAUUCCGCCUUUUGCAAACUGCCUGUGCUUUUGUUCGGAUCGUCAACAAACUUAAUCUUAAUUAAAUCUCGAAUCAUCUAAAAUAAUGCCGCGUGGAACAAAGCGGAAAUUACCAAAAAAUGUGGAAGAGGUUGGAGAGGACGAUACCCGGCUCUUACAACCGGACCCAGGUAGAGGCUUUAUUGAUUUUGAGAAGAUAAUAAGGGCAUCUAAAAUCGUUCCUCCUAUUAAUUUAUGUAACGUUGAGGGGUGCGGUGUUAGCGGGGAAUCAACUCUAAGUUUCCCGGUAAUCGAAAAUACACAAGUUCAAUCUCUUGCUUCGGCUGUUAAUCAGGGUCGAAACAUGAUAAGUUGUCAGGAAUUAACGCGCUUAUCAAACGAUGACUUGGCUGCGCACGUGCCCGCCGCAUUGCAACAACAAAUUUCUAGAGGCGAAUAUGUAAAUUUGGCUUUACUGUUAAAAGGUGCCUUCGAAUUGUCCGCUUUUUGUAACGGUAGUGUUUUGCAACUUUCGGCAGAGGGCACUCUUGAACAGCGCCCUAAGGAGUGUAGGGAUAAAAUCUAUAACAUUGAACGGUGGUCGGACGCUUUCUUAAUUUAUGCAUCAAUCUACCUUAGCACGCGACCCGAUAAAGUGCAGGAGAUUUUGCAUUACAUGUGGACAAUUCGUGAGUGUGCGUCACGUCAGGGGGGAUUUGCAUGGCGAGAGUAUGAUGAACAGUUUCGUCUGCGCCAGGCCUUGCACCCUACGUCUUGGGCGUCAAUCAAUAAUGGUCUUUGGUGGCGAUGCGUGCAAACACGGGCCCCCGUGCGUCAGGGGACGCCAAAAGCUAAUAAUUUGUGUCACCACUUUAACGAGGGACACUGCAUGUGGCCCAAUUGUCGGUUUACACACGAAUGUUCGGAAUGCGGAUCUCGUCAUCCGGUCAAUAACUGUCCUUUGCGCCUCCGCCCUAUCCGCGUCGCGGGGGCGCCUCGUUUUCAAAGGGGACGGGGAUUUCAUCGAUUUCGACCACGGCCCCAAUGGCGCGGGAACAACCGUGGCACCCCAAAUAGGUUCUAAAUCAAACGCUAAUUUUCCCUGUAAUCAUAACCUACUUAAUCUCGCACCAUCGCCGGUGAAUAUCAAAAUAUUACGUGAAUAUUUAACAUCGUAUAAUUCUACAGAUCGAAAUGACCUUUUAAAUGGUUUUACAAAUGGGUUUUCAAUGCAUUAUAACGGACCCAGAGUCAGUAGAUUUAGUAAAAACUUAAAGUCUGCAAUCGCAAAUGCGGACAUAAUUCAGGAUAAGAUAAAUAAGGAGAUUUUGGCGGGGAGGUUGGCUGGGCCUUUCAGCGAAAAACCUUUUUCUAAUUUCAUGGUUUCCCCAGUUGGCCUGGUGCCAAAAAAGACACCAGGUGAAUUUAGGAUGAUUCAUCACCUUUCCUUUCCAGAGGGUAACUCGGUUAAUGACUUCAUUGAUAAAAAAUACUCAUCCGCUCAGUACACAAAUUUCGAUGAGGCGGUUCACAUGGUUCAAGAUUUAGGGCGACACUGUAAACUUUUCAAAAUGGAUCUUAAGAAUGCAUUUCGCCUACUCCCAGUUCGGCGAGAAGAUUUCGAAAUACUGGGCAUACAGUUUAAUGGCAUGUUUUAUGUGGAAAAAGCAUUACCAUUCGGAGCUUCAGUCAGUUGCAAAACAUUUGAACAGUUUUCCUCAUUCCUUGAAUUCUGUGUUAAGAGUAAAAUGUCAUCGGGCAAGCUUAUACACUAUUUAGACGAUUUUCUGGGUGGCGAUAAAUCUGAAGUAGGUUGCCGCAAGGUGAUGGAUUCGUUUAUCAAUUGCAUGCACGAGCUAAACGUGCCGUCAGCCACCGAGAAAACAGAAGGGCCCACGGAAAUAAUCGUGUUCUUAGGCUUAGAAUUAGAUUCGGCGGAACUAGUAGUCCGCAUUCCUAAAAUAAAAACUGUUGAGUUACAGGAAAAAAUUCACUCCAUCGUGCAGAAACAAAAAAUUAAUCUAAAGCAAAUGCAAUCGUUAAUAGGGUCUCUUAACUUCGUGUGCAGGGCAAUCCCAGUCGGCCGCCCGUUUUGCAGGAGAUUAAUUAACACCACCUGUGGCAUAACCAAAGCAUUCCACC